AUGUCAGGUAUUGUUGCUCAUCACUAUCCAUUGGUUAAUGGGUUCUCCAAUAAAUCUUCUGACCCAAGAAGUAACCAACAUCAAUUCCAGCAAAAUAACUACUUGAAUAAUUACAAUUCAACCCUUUCGCUUAAUAAUAAUAACCACUACCAACAACAACAACCUCCAACUGUACAUCAAUUACCUCUAUAUACUGGUACUACCAAUUACAGCAACCAAAUUCAAGAUAAUGGUAUGUCUCAUUCCAUUUCACAACUUCAACUUCCAUUACCAACUCAAGUUCCACAAGUCCUACAACCUUCUAUCACUUCUAAUCUCUAUUAUAAUCAAUUUCAACCUUUAGGACAGCAAAAUAAUUAUUCAGUGUCCUGUAACUACCAAGGUCAACAACAACAACAACAACAACAACAGCCAACUAUCAAGCAGUAUCAGUCCUCUACAGCUGUAGCACCGCCACCACCACCACAACCACUAAAUUUAUUACCUCCUCCUCCAGGACUAAUUUAUAACAACAACAAUCCUCCUCCAAUCGAUCAGACACAAUUCUCUGCUCCUUUACUUCCUCCUAUUAAUAAAAAUAUUAUGGAACCUCAAGUUCAAAUACAAAUUCAAUCUCCACAACAACAACAACAACAGCAACAAGAUCAACAACAAGUUAAUGGAGGUGUUUCACAAGUAUUAGAUUAUGAUAUUAUGAUAAUGUCUGAAUUUUUCGCUAAACAUGCCUUUUUGGCAUUUAGUACAAAUCAUUCGAAACUUAAUUCAGAUUCUAAUUCAAUUGAAACUUCACAAAUCUUUAUUAAGGGAAUUUAUUCUGUUUUAAAUGCGACAAGAUUACCUUCUGUUUCAAUUUUUUUGGCAAUCGAUUAUUUAUUCAAAUAUAUUGACAAAAUUAACAAUAAUCUUGCAUCCAUUGGUGGUAAUACAGUUAAUGUCAUUUAUCAAAAUUCAAUGAUUGCAUUUGUAUUAGCAAAUAAAUUUAAUGAUGAUAAAACUUUUACAAAUAAAUCAUGGGCUCAGGCUACUGGAAUGGAUAUAAAAAUUAUCAACGAAUAUGAAAGAAAUUGGUUACAAGCUUUCCAAUGGAAAUUAUUCGAUGAUAAAUUCAUAUUAUAUGAAGAUUUUAAUAAGACAUUUAAUUAUUUCGUUAACGAAAGAAAAAAUACAGUGAUUACUCCUCCUGUACCAUUAUUACCUUCUUUACCAUCUCCAUCUUCAAUUCAAAAUAAUUAUUUGACUCCAGUAUCAUCAAAUUUAUUAAAUGAUUAUGAAUACUCUUCUUCUACUACUACUAAUAAUAAUAAUAAUUUAACAAACGUCUCAUCCUCUCCUUCUAAUUAUUAUUAUUCAGAUGAUUUAAUGGAAAAUUACAAUUACAAUGAUGCUUCUUCUAAAAAUAAUAACUUGAUGAUGAGCUCUCCAAUUUCAAUUCAUGAAUAUGAGCAAGAUUAUAUUACUAAGAAUAACACCAUAUUGAAUUCAGGAAAUUAUAAAGAUUAUAAUACAACAUUUAAUAUGAACAAUAAUGAUAAACUAUUUGAUUAUCAUUCACAAAAUCAUCGGUUACCUCCUUUGAAAAAUACUCAACCAAAUUUUGGUAUGGAUUCAAAAUGGAAAUUUGAUGAUUCUUUGAAUAAUUAUAUGUCAUCAUCAUCAUCUUCUUCUUCUUCUUCUUCUGCCUGUGCAACAACAUCAUUCACCAAGACUCAUUUACCAUAUUCUACAGUUUAUUAA